AUGCGCCACCCAUUUUUACUUCAACGGAGCCGCGGCAUUUGCUGGGUUUCAAGACGCGCCUUUAGUGGCACCAUUCGUGCACAAGCCUGCCAUCCAGAGAAAAACCAGUGCACGAAGAGCAUCGAGCGCGAAAACCAAUUAUCCCAAACCUCAAACUGUACCAAAAAGCCGCCAAUCCAACCCCUUCCGACGCUUAGUCUUCCAUUCUGGACCAGCAGAUCCACCUGGAAUCGAGCAGGAAUCAACACUCUCCGCUGUUUGGUGGGAUGUACGGCUGGUGAUUUCUCCGCGUUAUGGAUCCUGCAGACUUACUACCCUGAUAUGGGUAUGAGUAGUAUAAUGGCCUUGUCGAUGGCAUCCGGUAUCACAACUUCGGUUAUCCUCGAGACAAUCUUGCUCCGUCGGGGCGCUGACCAGCUCUCCUGGCCGAUGGCGGCUCGUACCGCUAUGGGCAUGAGUAUGGUUUCGAUGUUGGCCAUGGAAUUAGCUGAGAAUGCAGUUGACUAUCAUCUGACUGGUGGGAUAGUUGCUUUUGGAGAUCCAAAGUUCUGGAUGGCAGCAGUGUUAUCAAUGGGUGCUGGAUAUCUGGCACCGUUGCCGUACAACUACCUACGUCUUCGAAAAUAUGGGAAAUCGUGUCACUGA